UCCUCGAAAAGUGUCAUUUACGUAGUUUCGUGUUACACUUGUUAUACUGUAUUCACCGUUGCCGCCGAGAAAAAAUGUCUGGUCGUGGUAAAGGAGGAAAAGGCUUGGGAAAAGGAGGAGCAAAACGUCAUCGCAAAGUUCUUCGUGAUAAUAUCCAGGGUAUUACGAAACCUGCAAUUCGUCGUCUUGCUCGUCGUGGUGGAGUCAAACGUAUUUCGGGCCUAAUUUAUGAAGAGACACGCGGUGUAUUAAAAGUAUUUUUGGAAAAUGUUAUCCGUGACGCAGUAACAUAUACCGAACAUGCUAAGAGGAAAACAGUGACGUCAAUGGAUGUUGUUUAUGCCCUUAAACGACAAGGACGCACACUUUAUGGAUUCGGCGGCUAAAUAUUCCUCCUGACAGCUAAAAAAAAACACAUCAAUCGGCCCUUUUCA